AUGCCAAAACUGGAAUUAAUGGAUUCAAGACUUCAAUAUUUAUAUGACUGCCCUUCAGUGGGUAUGUGUGUGUGUUUCGAGGGCCGGGACGCCAUAUAUAUUCUCAUGGUAGUCUCUCCGAUGGUUACCCAUUUCUUUUCCCACCGGCGGACCUCGUCCACGACUUGCAUGACCCUCUUAAUGUCAUCUUUAGCUCUGCUCCUGGUAUCCGCACGCACUGACCGAGACAUCAUAAUACAAACGACCGUCGGUGCUGCUGCGGGUAAUGGAGGCUUCCGACCUUAA